AGUUGUACCAAGGAUUGUUUUUUUUUCUCAAAGGGAUCUGCGAUUAUGAUGUAUCAUGGACAAUAAUUAACAAAUGUUGGCUUAUCCUUAUCAUCUAGAAGAAUAAGCCGUCCGUAGGUCGCAAAUCACACACGACAUACAAUCCCUUUUGAUUCUUUCACGGUUGACAGGAACUACACGACUUAAGAAAAAUGAUAUUCAAUCGGCACGGGUCGCCGCACUAUUCGCCGCGGUCGACGGCCCGGUCGAGCGUAAAGUCCGAUCAGGAGGAGGUGGAGCCAGACCGGAUGAAGCCUCUGUACUCCCCCAGCCCAAAAACCAGCAAGACCGAGCUCUGUGCGCGGAUUGACGAACUACAGACGGAAAACGACAAGCUGCGAGAAAUGCUCCACAGCUGGCGGGAAUGGUAGAUAGAACAGAACCAGAAGUAAAAUGAAUUACUAUUACACUCACGUCUCAGCAUCAAGCUGCGGCGACAUAAUUUCAUACCGUGCAUAAAUGUAUUCUAUUCGCUCUCAUAGUAGACACAAGCUAAGCAGCGCCCAAUUAUAUGCAUCUACUUCACUCUGAUCACAGGUCAAUCUGUUGAAGUCUUGUUCUGAGCAGCAUAGAAAGUGACCAGGUGAAACAAGAAAACUUCUAUACAUCUCGUCUAUUCACUGAUAUUAAGGUACGAGAAGCACUACAAGGCUCACGUUUUGUACCUGGACGAUAAAAUCAAAACGCUGUCCAACCCGGAGCGACUGGAUAAGGCCGAGAUCUCGCCCAUCAAACGGGCCCCGAGCCCGCCGGCCGCGCCCCCACUCCCGCUAUUGUCGGACGAUCUGGAGGCCAGACGGGAGAUGGAGAAGUACUACGCGGAGAGAAAGCGCGAAAUAUUGAGAGGAAAAAUCCCCCCUCCCCAUAUCGAAAAGGUACGUUUUCGAAAAUUUGCGUUGCUGAUUUGAGGCCACAAAUCACAUCUGUCUUGCAAGAACACAAGGGCAGAAGCUUCCGCCCCAUUAUGGAAGCGAUUUGUCAUGCUGUUGGGCCUAGUAAAGGGGAGCCGUUUGCCAUGCUGAGCAACUAGACCCAUACGCCCCUGCUUAGCCUGGGGAUCUGGCCGCAGUGCCUUCCUGCAAUACAAAGCUGAUUUGUGUACACAAAUCCAGCAUCAGAAAUUGCGUUCUGAUAUGGGGAGGGGGGAGCUUUCCUUGCAAUAAGAAAAGUACUACAACGACACCACCAUGAAGGGGUCGCGCCGCGAGAAGCAGUUUGAGGAGUUUCUGCAGCGGCAGACCACGUCCGCCUACCGAAGUGCGCGGGAGGCGGCGUUAGAAAACCGCAAGCAUGUGGACGCGAUGAACCCGAACAACACCGCGGGAUUGGGCCAGCAGGGCAAGCAGUUCCGGAAGAAUUUGAUCCGACGAUAUGGGUCCAUCCGAAAGGGCUGGAACGAGGCCCUGGACCCGCUGGGCCAGGGAAAGCUGGGGUUCACCGAAUUUUGUUCCGCCGUGCGGACCAUGGGAUUUGACAGCAACAUGAAGGCACUGUGGGAGGAGCUGUGCGCCGCGGCCGCCACGGUCAAGUCGCAGGCCAUGCACAACCAGACCCAGAACGGGUUCGGGAACAUGAGUCAGCCGCCGAAGGUGACCGCAAACCAAAUCCACCACGUCGGGCUGUCCGAAGUGGACCCGAAGGGCGCGAAGGCAACGAAGGACCUAAAGUUUUUUAUGAUCGACACCUAUGGAAGCAUUUUGCUAAGCACUGCAAAAGCAUCUACUUCACACGACGGCGACGGGUCUAAAUUGCAUUAUAUAAAUUUUUUGGAAGUACAAAAACAAAAAGGAAAAAUUUGAAUAUUAUGCUGGAAAAGACACUUGAUAGUAACUGAAUUUGAGUACUUCAUGCUAUCGCUAUGCAAUUGGCUUUGGCAUGAAACGAUAACGACUACGAUAGUGCUUUUGCACAGCAUAUCAGCGGGCCUGGAAUCAGUUCGUGGACCCGCACAACACGGACAAGGUCAAGAUAAACGACUUCGUAGCCGCCGUCACCAGCUUUAGCGCGUUUCCGGAGCAGGAAGCGAAGAAAGUGUGGUCGCACGUAAACACCAACGGCUUGGAAGAACUCGGGGCAAGUAGCGGCUACAUCACGCUGAAGGACUUCUGCGAGGAGUCUGCCAUCGCAAAAGCAAAGGGCUUGCAGGACUCUUUCGCGACCAUUGAGACGCCGAAGAAGGGACGGCCAUUGGGCGGCAGUGUCAGUCCGGCCAUGUCCCCGAUGCGCAUGACCGGCGGAUCCAGUGUGUUAGGCGGCGGGGGCGGAAGUACUUCUAGUUUUUGCUGUUUCAUCGACUCACUUCACCUGUUCACAUGGCAUGUGGUUUUCAAUUUCAUCUUGCACAACUCACAUCACAAUAACACCACCUACAGGCACGACGCGUGGUAGUGGUGGAUUUUUUCAAUCGUCACCCUCAAAGUCUGGUAUGCAGUCUUAUCCGGGAAACCGAACUAUCUCUCUCCACCAUGCGCUCACAAUAUUUGUCGGGCUGUUCGAACUCGUCUGGGACGAGGCGAUUUGUUGUCAUGCUUCGUGAGGAGACAAUAUGUAAUGUUGAUAGUACGCAAUUUUGAAACCCAUCGUCGGCUACUUUAUUCUUGUCCACCGAUUUCCUUGUCGUGCAGCAUCGUGACAAAUAUUAGAGCACCAAUUGAAAAUCCCAUAUGCCACCCCAAACCUUGACGCAGUCCUCCUGGCCGACUUUGGUCCCACCCCCCUUGCCCGACAGCACGCAAACCGACUACGCACACCUUCCCGACCCGAACUACAACCCGUGCAAGGUGACCCAGUCGUUCCUCGGGACGUUGCGGCGCAAAUACAAAUCCGUCCGCGACGCCUGGUACAAGGCAUUAGACCCGAAGUAUCAGAAGGAAAAAUCCCCCCUCCCCAGAUCGAAACGAAAUUUCUGAUGCUGGAUUUGCGUACACAAAUCAGAUUUGUCUUGCAGUAGAGGACUGCAGGCCCAUAUGUAUCGUGCCGGAGUUGAAAGGUUUUGGCCUGGGCACUUAGCAUGAGGAACGUCUAUGCUGUACUAGGCCCAACAGCAUUUGCAUUACAUAAUGGGGCGGAGCGUGUGGUGUUGCUUUCUUAAUUCUUACAUCACAGAUGCGAUUUGUGGUCAAAAAUCAGCAUGACAGCGUGCCUUAUCGAGAGGGGAAGGGGGAAUUUUUCCGUACCAUACGAAGGGGAAGAACAUGCUCACCUUUGACGAAUUCAACGAGAACUGUAAAACGCGGCUUCGGUACUACGGAAACGUGGACCGGGUGUUCAAAACGUUGGAUUACCAAAAUUCCGGCAUGGUGUCCAUGUCGGACCUGAACCCGCGGGCGCACGAGUGCCUGCGCGACAUCCAGUUCCAGCUCGUCCAGCGAUUCGGGAACAUCUUGGACGCCUUUCACCCCUUCCACAUCGGCACCAGCAACGAGUUGGAUUUGGAGUCCUUUGCGCGGAUGCUGCAGCCCUUUCAGUUCAAAGAUUUUGACGUGAAGAACGUGUUCGAAUGGAUGGACUUGCUGGACAAGAAGCGCAUUCGGGGACAGGCCGUGGAAUUCGCAAAAGUCGGGGCACCCAGCAAACUCACCCGGUACGCCCGGCACAGCGCAGAAAGGAAUCAGGAUGACGUAUGUUCUUGCUGGGAUGAUCUUUUGUCUUAGUUUCAUGUCGUUGGUUCUCUACAAGCAAGUGCGAAUGCAGACCCCACAAUUUUUUUUCGCUUCGAUAGGAAUCAAUCAAUUAUUCAGUGGGCAGAUUAGAUUGCUGCAACACGUCGUGAACAUGCGUGACACGACGCUUAGCAAUACCCAUCAUGAUCAACGUAUUAUUUCAUGCCAGGUCCACAUGAGGUGGUCGACCGAGCAGGACUUUCCGCCGCCGGGGGAAAACCCCGUAAACGAGGAAACCGGUGAGCCGCUCCACGAUCCUUCCCUCUUGAAGGUGACGCUGAAAGAUCCUCUGUCACCCUCGGACGCGGAGCGUCUUGCGAGCGACGACUUUCAACAGCAGGACACGUCUGUGCCGGAACCGCAGCUGAUCACAAAGCGCCGCGGGGCUGCCUCGCCACCCAACGGCUCACCCCGGCCGGCGAGCGGCGGGUCCGGGGCGGGAGCACAAUCGGACAAAAAAUCCACCGGUUCGACGCAAGGAGAGGGAGCUGCCAGUAAGAAGAACGGUGGUAGUGCGAAAUCCUCGCCGAAGUCAAAAUCUGCCUCGCCCAAAUCCUCGCCGAAGAGCUCGCCCAAGGGUUCGCCCGCGGAGCCGAGGUCCGGGGCCACCAGUCCCGCGCGACCAGCGAGCUCGGCGUCGCAGCACAGACCAACAGCGGAUCAGAACGGGGAAAGAAUGCCGACGCCACCGACUGGCGAGGUGGGCUAACAUAAAUUUAAAUAUGAUGGAUGACUCAGCUUUGUAUAUUGUUUCUUUGGAUUUUAACGCAUUCUAGCUGAACAAUUAAGUAGUAGCAGACUUGUUUAGUUUCAACACUUUCAGCUUCCCGAUCGGGGAUGGUAUGGCAUGAUUUUUCAUCCCCUAACCUCCCUCCAUCAGGUCGUAGCCGCGGGGGAAAUGAACAGCGGCGAUGUAGUCGCGCCAGGGAGUGAAGACACCGGCGCCCCAUCCGGUAGCGAGCCCGGCGUAAUUGUGGUACCGGCCCACAAAAAGGUGGAAUUCGGCAAGAAGCCCUACCCACCGACCUACACGCCGGAAUGCAUCAGCUUGCUCACGUUGUGCACCGAGAGGUACGGCAGCUUGAAGGCAGCUUGGGCGGAGGUAAGUAUAAUGUUUAUGACUAUACUAAAUUCCUGACACUGAGACUGACGUGCAUCUGUGGAUCUGCAGCGAAAUUCGCCCGUCAAGCCACGACGAUGAUAAUCAUACGAUGUUGCUUGAUCUAUUAGUUCUGGUUUUUCCUAAUUUUGGGAAGAUAUUGGUUGCAACAGCACAGUAUCAUCGUAUCUUGAUCAGGCCUUGGCUCCGAACGGCGAGCACGAGAUCGACUUUGUGCAGUUUUGCCGGGGUAUGCGGAAGCUGGAAUACGAGGGGAACUUGAAGAACACGUGGGACUCGAUGGGGCAGGCGGAGCACAACAUGGCGAUGCAGAUCACGGACCUGAACCCGGAGAUUGAGGCCCUGUUUCAGCAGUGGAAGCAGCCGCGGAUGCACAAGUUGGUGGACGGCAACGUCACGUUCGAGAACGCGUGGCGCGACCACAUGGGCAGCGAGCACGCGGUCGGUAUCUCCUGCUAUGACAUGAUCCAGUGGCUCACGGAGGACAACAUGAUGACCCCGACGGAAGCGGAAACCGUAUGCGAGUGGUUGGACUCCAAGGGCGAUUUGUCGACGCGGAACUACCUUACCGUCGCGGAAUUGGACGCUGGGCUCGGGCGAAAGCUCAUUCUCCCACAGUAACAAGCAGGUGAAGUACUAAGAAUAAAGAAUCUUGUUUCUGAAAGAUCAUCGGUUUAUAAGUGUCUGUGAAAACCGAUCUCGAACGUGAAGUACACGCAAAGUUUAUAGUUUAUGUCGCUCUUCUAGAAGUUAACAUUCUAUCAGAAACUACUAUACUAGCUUAGAUGUAGCACGAAUCAAAAAGUUUUUAUAAUGACCACUACAUGAUUCUUGGUGCUGGCAUCACAAGAACAUGGAUUCAACGCUCACGCAGUGGAAAUCGAAAUGCAAUUCAAAUUGUCUUUCGAAUCUUUUUUCUGAAUUACUCCAGCUGCUCUAGCAAGAUGUUUUCUUUUUUGUCAUUGUCGUUUCAGCACCCAGUUGUUAUUCUCUAUCGGAAAAAGUUUAAGUUUGGUCGAACUCGAUUUGCGAAUGUACAAAGUAUGCGUUGCAGUUUGUUUAACACCGAAUAGACUACUAGACGUGCUGCUCUUGGGUUGUAUCUCUGAUGUAUAAAAAUCGUUUUGAAUCAUGCAACAUAGACUGAGUCAUGAUUUUUCCUCAAAACUGUACAUUAUGAAGGUUUCUUUUGUGAUUUUGGAAGAAGAAAAUAU